AAUUUAGAAUAAAAUUUCUCUGCGAGAUAGAAACAUGUCAGCCUCCAUGUUGGUAAUUUUUGCGAAAAUUUUGUGAAAUUCAAAUAGUAUUUAAAACAUGAUUGGAGACAUUGUGCGCGGAAAAGAAAAGUCGAAAUUAGUUGUUUUACAGGAUUCUGUAAAGCAAAGCGGAAGACCACUGUUGAUAAGCCUUAUAAAUAACCUGUGCCAAAGGGUUGAGAAAGUCCAUGUGGUAUGUUUUGAAAAAUCUCCAGACUACCUUAAAGAUUUUAUAAACACAGAGUUUUACCAAAGACUUGUAUUUCACGAUGGGUCAACAGAUGUUCUCGGAUGGGAGAGUGCUGAAAAUCUCUCUGUAGAUACUGACCUUGUGAAGUAUCUUAGCAACAGAUCUGGUCACCAUGCCAAUAAUAAUGUUGCUAUAGUGAUUGACAGUCUCAGUCCAAUGAUGUUACAUCGUCAAGCACCUUACACAUGUCAGACUCUGUCCAGAUUGACGUCUGCUAAAAUACAGGAAGCUGAAGUAGAACAAGUUGUCUGUUUACUACAUAGAGAUCUCCAUGACGACCAUAGCAUAGUUUUAUUAAAUCACUUAGCAACCACCAUUGUCAAGGUCACACCACCAAAACUAGGUCAUUUUCAUGUGGCCUGUAAUACACUGCAUAAAAGACUAUCAGGGAAAGUUAUUAGAAUUGAUGAGCACUUUAACCUGGAUGAGCAGUAUUGUAUUCAGGAUGUCACAGAAGUGAAAAAUGUUGAUACAUCUACUGUUGCUAUGGAAACUAAACAGAGUGACCCUACUGCCAAUUUGACCUUCAAUCUGACCUUGACAGAUAAAGAAAAGGAGGCUAGAAGUCAAGUCAAGUUACCGUACACAUAUGAUGCUAACAGGGAAGACAACUUUACAAAUUUUGGAGAGGGCAAAAUAUUUUAUCAGCCUGAUGAUGCUGAUGAUUUUGAUGAAGAAGAUCCAGAUGAUGACCUUGACAUUUGACAGUGUGUCCAUGCAGACACAAGGUCGAUUUAUUCUAAAUAUGGCAAGAACAUUUGAAACUUUUGGGUGUCACCAUGCCAUUGGUUUAUGUCCAGUAAAUAAAUAAAA